AUGACUGAUGCGCAGCAAGAUCACGCCCUGGCCGUGGAAAGCUUGGCGCCCGAGCUGGCUGAUCUGAGGAUCGAGCUCUGCCCCAGCCACAUGAGCGAGGGCUGCUUCUGGAAGAUAUACUUCGUGCUGCUGCAUCCUAAGCUCAGGAAGCAUGAUGCUGAGAUUUUAUCCACUUCACAGAUUUUGGAAGCUAGAGACAAGUUGUCACACGAUUUGCAGUAUCGGACGAAGUUACAAGGCAGCUAUGGGGACACCGUACCUGUGCCUUUCAGCAAUGAAGAUGGUGUUUUAAGUUCUCCUGUAGAGGUUUUGGGUGUAUUGAAGGCCCAAGAUGGUGUUUUAAGUUCUCCUGUAGAGGUUUUGGGUGUACCUGUGCCUUUCAGCAAUGAAGAUGAUAUGUAUGCAGAUAUGGUGUACUAA